CUAGCGGUAUCCCCGAGCGCCCUCGAUCGCUCCGCCUGCGGCAGCCCAACUUCCCCUCCCUCCCCGCGGGUCCCUCCCUCCUCUGUCGCCCGCCGGCGCCGGACACGCUGCACUUCAUCUCUUGGGGCGCUCUUCGCCUUGACCAGCCGUCGCAUCCCGUGCAACUUUGGGGCAGUGGCCGUUUGGUGUUGAAUGUUCCCCCCCGAGAGUACAUGGCUGCGGAAGCGAGGCGAGGACCCGGCCCCCGAGGGGCCGCCGUCCGGGAAGCGGUGAUGCUGUUGCUGUGCCUGGGGGUCCCGAUGGGGCACCCCUACAACGUGGACACCGAGAGCGCGCUGCUCUACCAGGGCCCCCCCGGCACGCUGUUCGGCUACUCGGUGGUGCUGCACAGCCACGGGGCCAGCCGAUGGCUCGUCGUGGGGGCGCCUACUGCCAACUGGCUAGCCAACGCUUCGGUGGUCAACCCUGGGGCGAUUUACAAAUGCAGGAUCGGAAAGAACCUCCGCCAGACUUGUGAACAGCUCCAGCUGGGUAGCCCUAAUGGAGAACCUUGUGGAAAGACAUGUUUGGAAGAGAGAGAUAAUCAGUGGCUGGGGGUCACACUUUCCAGACAACCAGGAGAAAAUGGAUCCAUUGUGACUUGUGGGCAUAGAUGGAAAAAUAUAUUUUACAUAAAGAAUGAAAAUAAGCUCCCCAGUGGCGUUUGCUAUGGAAUGCCUUCUGACUUGCGAACAGAACUGAGUAAGAGAAUGGCUCCAUGUUACCAAGAUUAUGUGAGAAAAUUUGGAGAAAAUUUUGCAUCAUGUCAAGCUGGGAUAUCUAGUUUUCACACAGAGGAUUUAAUUGUGAUGGGAGCCCCAGGAUCAUCUUAUUGGACUGGCUCUCUUUUCGUCUACAAUAUAACUACAAAUAAAUACAAGGCUUUUUUAGACAGACACAAUCAAGUAAAAUUUGGAAGUUAUUUAGGAUACUCAGUUGGAGCUGGUCAUUUUCGGGGUCAGUUCACUACUGAAGUAGUUGGAGGAGCCCCUCAACAUGAACAGAUUGGUAAAGCAUAUAUAUUCAGCAUUGAUGCAAAAGAACUCAAUAUCUUACAUGAAAUGAAAGGUAAAAAGCUCGGCUCAUAUUUUGGAGCUUCUGUCUGUGCUGUGGACCUCAACGCAGAUGGCUUCUCAGACCUCCUCGUGGGAGCUCCCAUGCAGAGCACCAUCAGGGAGGAAGGAAGGGUGUUUGUGUACAUCAACUCUGGAGUGGGAGCAGUAAUGAAUGAAAUGGAAACAGUGCUCCUUGGAAGUGACAAAUAUGCUGCAAGAUUUGGAGAAUCCAUAGUUAAUCUUGGGGACAUUGACAAUGAUGGCUUUGAAGAUGUUGCUAUUGGUGCUCCCCAAGAAGAUGACUUGCGAGGUGCCAUUUACAUUUACAAUGGCCGAGUAGAUGGGAUCUCAUCCACCUUUUCACAGAGAAUUGAAGCCCUUCAAAUCAGUAACUCAUUAAGGAUGUUUGGACAGUCUAUAUCAGGACAAAUUGAUGCAGACAACAAUGGGUACAUAGAUGUAGCAGUUGGUGCUUUUCGGUCUGAUUCUGCUGUGUUGCUAAGGGCAAGGCCUGUAGUGAUUGUUGAAGCAUCUUUAAUUCACCCUGAGUCAGUAAAUAGAACAAAAUUUGACUGUACUGAAAAUGGAUUGCCUUCUGUGUGCAUGGAUCUAACACUCUGUUUUUCAUAUAAAGGCAAAGAGGUUCCAGGCUAUAUUGUUUUGUUUUAUAACAUGAGCUUGGAUGUGAACAGAAAGGCAGAAUCUCCAUCAAGAUUUUAUUUUUCUUCUAAUGGAACUUCUGACGUGAUUACAGGAAGCAUACAAGUAUCCAGCAAAGGAGCUAAGUGUAGAACACACCAAGCAUUCAUGCGGAAAGACGUUCGGGAUAUUCUCACCCCAAUUCAGAUAGAGGCCGCUUAUCGCCUAGGACAUCAUGUCAUCAACAAGCGAAGUACAGAGGAAUUCCCACCACUUCAGCCAAUUCUUCAGCAGAAGAAAGAAAAAGACAUGAUUAAAAAAAUGAUAAACUUUGCAAGAUAUUGUGCCCAUGAAAAUUGUUCUGCUGAUCUACAGGUUUCUGCAAAAAUUGGAUAUAUGAGGCCAUAUGAAAAUAAAACCUACCUUGCUGUUGGGAGUAUGAAGGUGGUAAUGUUGAACGUGUCCUUGUUCAAUGCUGGGGAUGAUGCAUAUGAAACAACUCUGCAUGUCAGACUUCCCGCUGGUCUUUACUUCAUUAAGAUUUUAGACCUGGAAGAGAAACAAAUUAACUGUGAAGUAAAAGACAGCUCUGGCAUGGUAAAACUUGACUGCAGCAUUGGUUAUAUAUAUGUAGACCAUCUCUCAAGGACAGACAUCAGCUUUCUCCUGGAUGUGAGUUCACUCAACAGAGCAAACGAGGACCUCAACAUCACAGUGCAUGCGUCCUGUGAAAAUGAAGGAAAACAGGACAACCUACAGGAUAACCAAGUGAUGUUAGCAAUACCUCUAAGGUACGAGGUUAUGCUAGCGGUUCAUGGCUUUGUGAGCCCAACUUCAUUUGUGUAUGGAUCAAGUGACGAAAAUGAGCCAGAGACAUGCAUGGCAGAGAAAAUGAACUUCACUUUCCAUGUUAUCAACACUGGCAUAAGCAUGGCUCCAAAUGUUAGUGUGGACCUAAUGAUACCAAAUUCUUUUGUACCCCAAACUAAUAAGCUGUUCAACAUUUUAGAUGUCCAGACAACUUCUGGACAAUGCCACUUUAAAAAUUACCAGAGAGAGUGUGCCUCCAAGCAGGAAAAGAGCACAGUGGAAAUCUUGAAAGACAUAUUCAAAUUUUUCUCAAAGACUGAUAAGCGGCUAUUGUUUUGCAUGCAAAGUGAUCCACACUGCUUAAAUUUCUUAUGCAAUUUUGGGAAGAUGGAAAGUGGAAAAGAAGCCAGUGUUCAUAUCCAGUUGGAAGGCCGGCCAUCCAUUUUGGAAAUGGAUGAGACUUCAGCACUCAAGUUUGAAAUAAGAGCAACAGCUUUUCCAGAACCACAUCCAAAAGUCAUUGAACUAAACAAGGAUGAAAAUGUUGCAUAUGUUCUACUGGAAGGACUACAUCAUCAAAGACCCAAACGUCAUUUCACUAUAGUGAUUAUUUCAAGUAGCUUGCUACUUGGACUUAUUGUACUUUCAUUGAUUUCAUGUGUUAUGUGGAAGGCUGGCUUCUUUAAAAGACAAUACAAAUCUAUCCUACAAGAAGAAAACAGAAGGGAUAGUUGGAGUUAUGUCAACAGUAAAAGCAAUAAUGAAGAUUAAAGACUGUCAAAUUGAGAGAACUGAAAGGACUCAGGUUGAACAAAAACACUGUUUACAGAAAACAUGAGUUUUUCUUUUUAAUCACUUUUCUCAUGUACUUCUUAUACUUAGGACCUUGGGGCAUAUGUCAUAAUGCAAAGGGAAAACCCAAGCCACUAUUGCUCUUUGAAAGAAAGUAACUGCACAAAGGUAAUUCUUAAAUGGGUAGAAAAACACUAAAGCCUUCGAUUUGUUCAUGAAAAAUAAACUCCACGCAAUGGGAUACUGUUUAUUUCAAAUACAUCUUUGAGACAAUUUUUCACAGGGCUAUUCCCAAAUUUUCUAAUGAAAGAGGACCAUUACCAUUUUAAAGCAUAUUUUAUCUUUAAAGACCUUUAUUUGUAACACGUUUUCUAUGGACUUUACUCCAACAACCAUUUUUAUGUGCUGACUAUCAAGACCUGAUGAGCAAACUUCAUGCUUAUUUGAUGCACUGGUUUGAGCUAUGAGAUAGUAUCUGGAUAAGUGGGCAGCUAUGGGUUUUUCUUUCUGUAUAUAUGCAUAUAUUUUUUAAAGAAUACAGGUGUGAUUAUAGAUAUAAAUCCAUUACUAUAACACACAUUUAGCAAGAGUAUCCAAGAAUACAUUUUUAAAAAACCUUCAAUUUUUGUUUAUACACUCAGUUCUUAAGAAUUUUAAUGUAUAUUCUUGACUGUAAAUGUUGCACUUUAGCUAAUAUACACUGAUAUAUGUAAGAAAUUUGAAAACUGUACCUCACUAGUGAUUUUAAAAAGCUGUGCAAACAAUGAUUAAGGGGCCAAUAUUUCAUCCAUAUUGGGUACCACAAAAUACUCACUGUCCCAAAUUAAGAAAAUACAGAAAUAAUUGCUUGCAUGUUAUUCUUUUUAAAUAUCAGCAUUUAAUGUGUUUUAGCUUGUGUAUGGUGAACAUAAAUGUGACAAAAAAUUUCCAUGAGAUGUUUAAGUGGUUAAAAAUUUUUGAGGUUUUUUUGAUAUUAAAUAAGGCUCUAUUUUAAGAUGAAAUAGCUUCUUUCUAGAUUUUAAAUAAUUUAUCUUUAAAUUCAUUCACCACUAUAGCCAUUUUUGUAAUAUUUAUUUCAUACAUGUGAUGUUGGUACCAAGAAUAUAAUUUCAUUUUAUACAUGUUAAGAACAUUGUUGUCAAAUUUUGAACAUGGUAUAGGAAGUGAUUGAAAAGAUUGUUGUGCACAAAGUGUCUGCUACCAGCUGUUCCCUUCCUCAGAUUUCCAGGUUGAUGAAAGCUAUCUGUUCACAAGCCUGUGACCAGAGAAUGUUCUAAGAUUUGUGAAUCAUUUGAGCACAAAGUCUCAACUCAGAGUGAAAAAGCAAAAAUAAACUUAGCUAAAUUUUUUUGUACAAAAGAUAUUUUAAUGCUUUUCUCAUUAUAGAAAGCAAAGUAGUUAUUUCAGGAACUUGUUUAGGUUCAUUCAUAAAACAUCAAGUACUAAUUUUGAACUAUCUUUCAGGGAUGGACUCUGAGGAAAUUUUACUUUGGCUCUUUACACUGAAAACCAAGUGCUAUGAUUGCUUGACCUGUGUUUCUCAGAUACAAGAUGAACAUAGCUACCUACUGGGCUAUGUUUUGCCUGUAUAAUAAGUUAAAAACUACACCACUCUGCAAAUUUUGAAAAAAGUGUUUCUGGUUAUAUAAAUAACUAGCUGUGUGAUUUUUAAAACUCCUCUGGAUUACUUACCUCAUUUGUAAAGUCAUAGUAGACUUAAGCAAUGUCAUAUCAGACUUCAUAGGCUGAAAUCCUACAAAUGUAAAAGAACCCAAAUGAUUACACUUUGGCAUUAUCUUGAUGUUUACUGGAACCAAAAAUAAGCAUUUCAUAUUCUUAGGCAUUGUAUCAAUAUUUAACCAACUCAAAGCCAGAAUUUGAAUUGCUUUUGAUACAUUUCAUAUGUUUCAUCUUGAUUUUCAAAGCCCUAUAACAUCA